CAGGUUCAAUCCCUCCCACUUUGUGUAAGCGCCUAAUUGUCAGCCCUGACGAAAACUUGCGCAGCGCUUAAAUACCGCAUUCGCCUCUUGCUUUGAGAGUGCAAGUGACCAGCCUGUUCAGAAGGACAUCUCUUGUGUAUGUGUGUGUAUGUGUGUGUGUGUGUGUGUGUGUUUUAUUUUAACUAUUUUUUUUUUUUUUUAAAUCUCCUUGUGUGAUUUAUUCCUGCUGACCGACAAGCAUGCAGGUGUCUGUGGCCCUCCUCGUCUCCAGUUCGGCUUUCCUGCUGCUCCAGGGAUGCUGCACCGCUGUGAAGGGAUGGAAGGUUUUAAAAAAUGAUGGCACGGAGAUUUUACCAGAACGCAGAGAAAAUACGCGGACGCCGCUGGAGGCAAUACUACAGCCGUCCAACAGCAACAAUAACAACAACAACAGCAACGCUAUGAAUAACAGGGCAAAAAACGGCGGACGGGCGGCAAACACAGUUUCCUACAGUGCCUCGGAGGUGAGCUGCAGGGAGCUGCGUUCGACCCGUUACAUCACCGACGGCUCUUGCCGCAGUGCCAAGCCUAUCCGAGAGCUGGUGUGCUCAGGUCAGUGCCUGCCCGCGCACCUCAUGCCGAACUCCAUCCUCCGUGGCAAGUGGUGGAGAAGCAGCGCCUCAGACUACCGCUGCAUCCCGGCGCACUCCCGGACACGCAGGGUCCAGCUGCAGUGUCCCAACGGCAACACUCGGACGUACAAAAUCCGCGUGGUCACCUCCUGCAAGUGCAAGCGCUUCAGGCCGCAUCACAACCAGUCGGUGGCCAAGGAGGUCCCGAAGACGCAACGCAGCAAGAAGCACAGUCGUUUGCCUCAAGAUCGGAGCAAGAACAACACGCCUUUGACGGGGAACUCAUAUUGAUCCUCCCCCUUGGCAUCCCGGGACAGAGACCAGAUAUACUCAUACUCACGCACACGUUACACAACACAUCAACCAACAUAUCUCCUUCAAAUAGGGAGGAGAUACAAUUUCAAAGACUGCAAAUCCAUAAGCUAAAAUGCUGGACUGAUUUAAGUCAUCAGUCUGUAUAUUGUUCAGCCACCUGUCAGCAUAUUUGUGAACUUGGCUUUUUUGCAUGACAAAAUGAGUCAGUGCCAGGGCUUGCCAUGAAGAUGAAUGGUGUUUGAUAACCCCAACAGCUCAGACUUCCACUCCAACAGCUUUUCUUUAUGAAAAAUAAGAACCCCUCCCGAGGUUUCAGACCCAUCUGUACAAACAUCCAGCAGAUGCAGACCUACGCUCGGUGCAGCUCUGUUAAAAGCUGAAAAAAGGUGUAUCUUUGCUCCAGAGUGGUUGUAAUCCAUCUCCUUUCAGCUGUGUGUGGAGAGGAGAAGGCGGCAGCUCUGGGGUCUCUGAUGGAGGGAUGUUGACAGGUUUUGAGAGGCCCUGGUCUAUACUGCGGUCCAGGCGGUUCUUUGACAGCCUGCUAAAGGCCUCACUCAUCAGGACAGACCUACAGCACUCUCCACGCUGCUGAAGCCCCGACCAGCCCUGUCAGUUACGGUAGCGCUUUCCCCAUAAGUACACGCAAAGAGACAGAGAAGUAGAGGAGAAAGCAGCACUAACACCACAAGGGCACCGGGCCUUCCUGUGACUCCUCUUAAUCACUAAAUGAGCCCAUUCCUGUGCUGGGAUUUGAGUCAUAAAAAAAGCCUCUUCCUGUCGUCAUAGCCGGUUCCUGUUUGCUGGAAUCGCACACAAAAAAGUGCACAUGGUGUGUAGGAGGCAUCAGAAAAUGUGCGUGGUUAUGUUGUUACCUAGAGGCAAAGCGCUCUCCAGCACACCCACACUGGAAUUCUUUUGCAACGGGCCAAACAGAGCAGUGAGCGAGCCAAAAUCCAUCUGCCGUGUUAGCCUGCUGGUUGCAAGACACCUCCUCUCCGCUCUCAAUCUGUAAAUAGCUCAGACAGGAAAGAUAGGAAUAAAAAUAACACAAUGAAAACAAUAAUUGGGUUUUUAUGAUUAAAUCUGGCAAGGAAGAGGAACCCAGUCUGUCACUGCCGACAGCGCGAGCUCCUUCCUCCUGAACUCAUGAAGAAUAUUCACAGUGUUUCCACAUAUUGUCAGCUCUGCUCAAACUGCUUUCUGAUUUGGUUGUCCAGUCUAUACUGACUAUGUUUGCUUCUUUUUCCAACUGUAUGUUUGAAAGAGCAACUGGAAGGGGCUUGUUAUGUUAGCCGAGAGCUGCGAUGCGUAGCGCGAUUGUACAUAUCAUACCUGUGUGGUCUUCUGCCCUCACAUGACAAGGUGUUACAGAGAAGCAGGGAAGGCCGUUUUCUACAGACACAACGAAGGACUGUUAUAAAAAAAAAAAAAGAAUGAACUGCAUAUUUAUUUUUUAUUUCCACAUUUAAAUUAUUUAUGCAACCUUUUGUAGUAAAUGAUAGCCAUUAUUGUCAUAUAGUAUAAUAAAGACUUUGGAAGUGAAAAACUGUACAGUACAUGAAUAAAGUAAAGCCAGAUAUAUUUGAAAGAAACGGCUUUUUUGGUAUCAUUUGUCUUCGAAGGUGUUAACUGGCAACGUG